GUCGCGCUCACUCCGCAGCGGAGAGCCGCGCUCAGUGGCUUGUCCCUGCUCCUCCCACCGCACUUAAGCCCACACCCACGGGCGCCCCGCCCCCCUCAUCCUUAUAGAAGGGGCGAGGCACCCCGGCGCGCCCGGGAGCUACAGGCUUCCCGGAGCCGACGGCGCGGCUGCCAGCUUGGCCAGAAAGCCCAGGCGCCGCCGCGGCCAAUGUAGCCAAGUGAGGCGGCGGCUGCGCCCGCACCAUGGAAGGCAGCCCCACCCCGGCACCAGCCCGGGUCGCUCCAGACCUCCGCCGCCUCCCGCGCCACGCCUGCCAGCAACCGCUGCUUUUCUCUGGGCGCCGUCCUACCCUCACCUCGAAGCCGACAUGAAGGGAGCCCGGGGCGACGGGAGCGCCCCUUUCUGCACCCGCCUCAACCACUCCUUCCCGGGCAUGUGGGCGCCCGAGCGCUCCCAGGAAGCGCGGGGCAACCUCACGCGCUCCCCGGAGACCGGCGAGGACUGCCGCUCGGUGUCCGUGGUGUACCCGAUUACCAUGCUGAUCACCGGCUUCGUGGGCAACGCGCUGGCCAUGCUGCUGGUGUCGCGGAGCUACCGGCGCCGGGAGAGCAAGCGCAAGAAGUCGUUCCUGCUGUGCAUCGGCUGGCUGGCGCUCACGGACAUGGUGGGGCAGCUGCUCACCAGCCCCGUGGUCAUCGUCGUGUACCUGUCCAAGCAGCGCUGGGAGCACCUGGACCCUUCGGGGAGGCUGUGCACUUUCUUUGGUCUGACCAUGACCGUCUUUGGCCUCUCGUCGCUCUUCGUCGCGAGCGCUAUGGCCAUCGAGCGGGCGCUGGCCAUCCGGGCGCCGCACUGGUACGCGAGCCACUUGAAGACGCGCGCCACCCGCUGGGUGCUGCUCGGCGUGUGGCUGGCGGUGCUCGCCUUCGCCCUGUUGCCCGUGCUGGGCGUGGGCCAUUACACCGUCCAGUGGCCCGGGACGUGGUGCUUCAUUAGCACCGGGGGAGGCGGCAACGGGACUAGCUCCCCGCACAACUGGGGCAACCUCUUCUUCGCCUCCACCUUUGCCUUCCUGGGGCUCUCUGCGCUGGCCAUCACCUUCGCCUGCAACCUGGCCACCAUUCAGGCCUUGGUAUCCCGCUGCCGGGCCAAGGCCAUGGCAUCGCAGUCCAGCGCCCAGUGGGGUAGGAUCACCACGGAGACGGCCAUCCAGCUCAUGGGGAUCAUGUGCGUGCUGUCGGUCUGUUGGUCACCAUUGCUGAUAAUGAUGUUGAAAAUGAUCUUCAAUCAGACAUCAGUUGAACACUGCAAGACGCACUCAGAAAAGCAGAAGGAAUGCAACUUCUUCUUAAUAGCUGUGCGCCUGGCUUCACUGAACCAGAUCUUGGAUCCCUGGGUCUAUCUGCUGCUAAGAAAGAUCCUUCUUCGGAAGUUUUGCCAGAUCAGGAACCACAAAAACAAGUAUGCAUCCAGCUCCACCUCCUUACCUCACCAGUGCUCCUCAACAUCGAUGUGGAGUGACCAUUUGGGAAGAUCAUGAAAGAACAAAGAUGGACUUUUUCUUACAAUUCCUGCUUCCCCAAAUUUGUGUUUUUCUUCCCACCUGAGGAGAAUUUUAUAUUUUGAUUUGGAUUGUUUCUUAAUUUUCAUCUUUUUUUACUUUAAUUUUUUUUCUUGUCAGUAAUACCCACUGAGAAUAGGUUUAUUCCUGCCUCUGAGCGUUAAAUUGACUUCUUGAGCUGGAUUUUGAAUAUGUCUUUAAGAAAUUGGGCAGGGUUACAUAGAUGAUGAUUGGCGAAAAAGUGAAAAAAAAAAACAAACCAUCUUCCAGGAGUUUGUUCCCAAUUUCAAACCUUUAACUGAAUUUCGACCCAUGUAAACACCUUUACAUUUUGUGGUUGUUUUGGUUUUACAAUAUGAGUUUGAAAAAUCAGUAUACACUUUUGACAAUGUAAAAUCAACAUAUUGAGGGCAGAAUUCAAUUAGUAGGACAUAAAUUAAAUGAGAUAGAAAAGUAUGUUAAUUGAAGGCAGGACUAUACUAUGACAAAAGUUAUUUAUGCAAAAUGUGUGACUAAUGUUUUGGAGUUAUGUCCUUCUGGGUUAAGCUUGGAACUCAAAGUCCCUACGUCAAUAUUCUGGUUAUCUGCCACUUAGUGACUCUGGAAUCAAUUUAAUUCUCAUUUCUCUGUCUUUGAAGACUAAAAGGCAUGAUGAAGGGCUCUCUUGAAGUGUCAUAGAAAACAAUAAUGAGGCUAGAUGAUUAACCAUCGAGUAAAAGCAAUAGACAUCCAAGCACAGCCUUCAGUUCACCACUAUUAAUUCAGGAUUUCUUAAAAUUUAUUCUCUAAUAGCAUAAAAAGGGCAAUAUUAAUAAGUAACACAGUUAUCACAUAUCAAAAUUUGUGACUUUUUAUGAAAGGAAAAAACCCAUUUUAUCUGAACUAUAGAAUUUUAAAAAAUACUUUGCAUCAUAUAAUAUGAUCUUACCUUCCUAUAAGUUCAACCAGUCUUUUUAUCUCUUGUCUUCCCUGUCCUCUCUUCCUCCUUUCCUUUCCUCUUCUCUUUAAUUUAAUUUAUUGUGUCUCUUCUUUAGGAACUGUGCUAAGUAAGGGCCAUGCUGUCACCUACAAGAACAUUUGGGGAAGAGAUGAUAAUAUAGUAUCAGGAGUCAUGGGAGCUUAUACUAUGACUCCAUCGUCAUUUCUGCCAACUAAAUUAAGCCAAAAAUAGUUGAGUCAUUUCUCUUAAAUAGUUGAACCAGCUGUGAAUUAGUUAUAAACUGCAAUUAUUUUCAUUCAAACCUGUAUUUGAAAUGACUUUAUAUAACUAUCACAAAUCAGAUGAUGUACACAAUCCCUUGAUUCAGAUUUAACUCAACACAUUUUAUUGAUCAAGUGGAAUUAUCCAAUAAUAAGAAGGCCCAUGCUUCUGUUACAUCUAUCUGUCCAUCAUUUAUCUUUGUGGCUGUCUAGCUGUCAUCUAUUUAUUAUUUUAUUUUUACAAAAAAGGGUAAAGUUUACAGAGGGCUUGUCCAAUGUUGCAUGACUAAUAUAGGAAAUCAAAUCCAAGCUCAAGUAUUUUGAUUCCAGGUUGUCCCAAUAGCCCAGCAAGAUGUGAGAUUUGCUACAAUGACAUUCUAUUUAUAAGACAAUGUGAUGUAGUAACAUAAGCAUGGGUUUUUGGAAUCAAACUUGGAUUUAAAUCUAGCUGUUCCACUCACUAGCUCUGUGACCUUGAGAAAGUUAAUUAACCUCAUGCAGUCUCAGUGACUUAAUCUAUAAACCAAAGCUAAUAGUACCUGUGAGGUUACUGUGAUAAUGUAUGUAAAGUGGGUGUAACACAAAAGGUACUCUGUAAGAGCUAACUGUGAUUAAUUCUUUAUCCAGACUUAUCUCCAACUAUAUGAUAUGAGUUCUCAAUUUCAACUAUAAACUGGCUUCUUUACUGUGUGGGUUUAAAUGUCAUGAACAGAAUAAACUUCAGAUCCCUGGCUCUUAUUCUUGUUUA